CACACACGUUACCUAUGAAUGAAGAGAGUAGUAAACAGGAAUUCCUGCACUCGGUUCUUGGGAAAACAGGCGUUGCUACAACUGAAAAGGGGUGCGUGGCGUCCGUGGCACCAAAGGAAAGCCAACGACCACAGGCUGCGUUUACACACCUCGUAUAAAUACAGAGCGCGCCGCUGACACCCGCGCACUCGGGCGGGAUUAAAGUCCCUGCGAUUCGGGGCGUCCUGGAGAUUUUUGUGGGAUUAUAGUGUUGAACAGACAUGGCUGAGACGCUAAGGAGGCUGGUGAAUACUUCAUCCUUCAGCGUUCUGCAGGAUAAACUGGAAUCCUGGAACAAGGACUACCAUGUGAUCUCUUGUGACCAGAACCUGAACCGUUGCUGUGAGCUGGUGGAGCUCACCUCCAAGGUGCAGGGCCAACUCUUCACCAUCCUCAAUCUCACUGCCAAAGAGGGUGGUCACUACGCUGGUGUGGAAACCCUCAAGUCUCGCCUGCUGCCCUGGCUUGGUACCUGCUUCACCAUGGCAACCUCCACCGUUACCCCCGAUACCAGCCUCAACCUCAUUCAGGAGAGUGUGGAGAAAGGGAAGAGGAUUCGAGAGCUCUCUCUUUCACACGAGUGCGACAUGCAGAAGAUGGAGACCCAUCUAAGCUCAACCCGACAGCAACUGGACUCUGUCAAACAGGAGUUGGCUGAUGCGCAGCUGGAGCUGGAUGACACCAAAAACAAGUCUGCCACAACCCUGCUGGCCACAGAAGAUGAGAUUCUGCAGCUGAGGGCAGAGCUGCAGGCAGCCUGUGACGAGGCUGAGCUGUAUAAACGCAGGCUGGAGGUGCAGGAGGACUAUGAGAGGCAGGUGCGUGUGCUGAGGGAGGAGGUGUCCUACCUGACCGCUGAGAAAGCUCUGCUACAGGACAGGUUGGUGAGGAGCCGCUCUCCCAGCCCCCUGCUGCGUCUGAGUCGUUCCUCCAGCCCGCUGAGAGCUGAUUCGCCGACGCGGGCCCAGCUGACCAGCUCCUCGCGGCAUGCGCGGCUGGUGUCGCGCUUCAGCGACCUGUACGCUCUGGAGCGGCUGGAGGCCGAGGCGCUGCUCCGCCGCUACGUCAGCGACGCCGAGACCGUGCAGAGGAUCAUCUUCAUCGCCACCGUGGAGUCCUUUCAGGCUGCUAAGCUGGCGUACCGGCAGUUUAAGCUGCGAGUGAGGAAGAGUCUGUCGCCGUCUCACAUGGGCCCGGAGACGCUGGAGGACGCCGUGGUCGAUUACAUCGUCCGCAACCUGGACCUGUAUGACGUGCAGGCCAGCGUCACCGAGGUGAUCAGCGCGAUGCAUGUGAACCCCAAGAUUGCCUUCCCACCGGAGGUGGACUUUGUGCUGCUGAGCAGCUUCAUCAGGGAGGUGUGCCAGGUGGCCUUCGCCAUGCAGACCCUGGACCCCCCCCUCGAGGUGGCCUUCAGCAGCGACGGAGAACUGUACAACGAGAACAAGUAUCGGCGCAGCUAUGACUCAGAGUUCACCGCACCCAUGGUUGUGUACCACGUGUGGCCUGCGCUGAUGGAGGACGACACCGUCCUGGUGAAGGGCGAGGCUGUGACCCGGAGGGGCGCUCUGUGGCGGAGCAGGAGUCGGAGUGCCAGUCCGGUGCGUUCCCGUUCCGGAAGCCCCGCUCGGAAUCUAGUCUCCAGUCGUAGUCGCAGUCCUUCCCCAGGGCGCCUCUCCGCCAGCCGCCUGUAAACCUUGACCUUUAACCCCUGACCCCUGACCCCAGAUCAAUCGUCACUCUGGCCCUCAGAUGGGAGGACAGCAGAUGUGAUUCAGUGACUGUACAACAAAUUGAUUUAAACAAAAACCCAUUGAUGAAAUAAUACGCUGACUAUGAA